AUGAACGUUAUCAGAGCAGCGGCGGCGCUCUUGAUGUUCCUUGCAGGAUUCACCUACGCCGAUGGCGACGCACAAAGGCGGCAGCAGUGCAUAGACAAAUGCGUCACUAAACACAAGACGAAGGUCAUGCGGCCGAUGCACCGGUUACUGUGCAAGAUCAGCUGCAGGGCGAGACACGGGGCAAAAAUAGAGGAAAGCCUCGUUUACGUCCACCCUGCUUACAACGGCAAAGAUGCGCUUUUCCAAUCGUAG